AUGCUCGCGCCACAAUCUGCUAAAGGUCACAAAGGCGUCUGCACGCCGAAUGUCCUCCCUUGCCGUAUCAACCACAAUGGCCCCGUCGAUGCAUCGGAGCGGUACUGGCAGCCCAAGACCGACGACGAUGGCAAGACAACCGCCUAUUUCCGCGGCCGCAAACUACGCGGUCGAGCCGUGAAGAUACCAGAUGGCUACCGAGGCACCGUCCUAAACACUACGGACAAGCUCCUUCCACAAGCACAAAUACCUCGCGAGCCAUCGUCCAGUGCUCCUGAGGAGGAUGAAGAAGAUGACGAGCAGCCUGCUGAAGUCAAGGUCGCAGAGGAGGUGGCAUCGUUCGACGAGAUAGUGGUUUGGGGACACGAUGUGCUGCCAGACGGAACGGAUGAUCCAUAUACGAGAGGGGUGGCGGAGUGGAUCGCUUUCGCGGAGACGCUGCACUCGUGGCAAGGUGGCGACAAUACUGAGGUCGCGAAGGCGGAGCCCAACUUGGCGUCCUCGUGA